CCACACGGAGGCUCUUGCUGAUCUUGCUUGUCACUUUGUGGGAGAGUGAAAGAGACUACAAACCAGCCGCACCAACUUUACCGAGCGCACGGACACCGGGAGAAGGAAAGCGGCUCGAGCUUGAAAACGCACGCUCUCAAGCUUUUGUUACAGGACUACCUGCUGCACGACCAAGAUUACGAUUGACAGCUAUCCACAUUGAGAGACGACAUAUCAUGACAGAGGUGAUGAAUCUUUCCGGAUUCCCACGAGCGGUUCCCCAAGCUGACCAAGCGGCUGCCGUCCAUCGUGGUGGAGCCCACCGAGGGCGGGGAGGUGGAGAGCGGCGAGCUCCGCUGGCCCCCGGACGAGAUGAGCUCCGGUGAUGAGGAGCCCCAGGAGCCUUCGGUCCACGCCGCAGGUGAGGAGCAGCCAGGUGACACAGAGGAAGACGAGGAGGAAGAAGACAGAGAGAUAGGUGGGGCAUCAAACUGACAGACAGAAGUUGGCACCAAUCAGGCACCAGCAUUUCACUGUGAAUGUCUCUGAGAGACGGGCGGUGUGGCAGAGGCGGGGCUUAGAUUAGGCCCCACCCAGUGUUGGCACAAGAACCGCUUACUUCGAGGGGAACCUCCACCUCAUUGGAUCGGACUGCUGACUGACAGACUGACUUUACUGAAAUAGCUCACCUGUGCCAAACACUAGAAGUAGCCUGCUACUGUGAUCGAGUCGUCAGUUUUGGAUUGUUUUCUCUUUCAUUUUUUUUUUUUUAAUAACGACGGUCCUCUAGUGUUCAUUUUAAAAUUCAGUUAUUCAUGUAAUGACAUACUGGCAUAUACUGUAUAUACAAAACUGAUCAUGUGUAGUUUCUUUCGACCAAAGUCUAAACCUUUCAACGUGUAUCAGAAACAAUGGUAGUUUUCAGGAAUAUGGGUUUAAAUUGUGUUUUAUAUAUGUCAGUUUGACUGCGAAUAGUCUAUCCGUUUUUGCCUUCAUGUAGAUGAACUAUAGAUAAUGUCUAUAUUGUUGAUGUAGCUGAGAUGGGUUCUAUCUAUUUCGAAACAAAGAAUAGACAUGAUUUUGAUUCUGUAAAUACCUGUGAUGAUAUCUCUCCAUGGAUGAGCCCCUGAAGAUGAUAAGAAUUCUAUUGCAUUGUAACAGCUGGGCUAGACUGGCUUGAGCGCAGUGUGUUCAUUCGAAAAGAUUAGACCCGUCUUCUAGAACUAUUUUAAAACUCCACGAACGGAAUGCUUCAGUUGCACACCCGAUAUAGCCCAGCUGCAAGGCCCUGUAUACACCUACCUGGACAUUUUCAAAAAUGGUAAUUUUUCAUUUUUGAUCAUGGCUUGAGUCUGGUCUUGGUGUUGGACCAAUUUGGAUGUAAUAGCUUAGCAAUGUCAGAUGCUAUCGAGGAUGUUUCCGUUGCAUUUCUCCCUUUGUGUCUGUGUAGAGAUUGUUUCUUGUCUACGUCCCUGUAACCACUCGUACAGUACAACACUGUUUUCUUUUGUGCUGCUGCUUAUCUGUAAAAUAUUUUGAGAUUUGUA